AUGGAAGAAGUAGACAGCGUCUUGAUUGAUAAUGUGAAAUCAUUCGCUUCCGGUGGUUUUGGGGAUAGGCGUUGUAAUGUGAAGCAUCAUCUAACACAUUUUAGUGCUGUAUUAACAGGCCAUCCAUUUGACUUGAUCAAGGUUCGUUUACAAACCGGUGUUUAUAAUUCUACAGCAGAGUGCUUUAAACAAACCUUGCUUAAAGAUGGGCCCCUAGGUUUCUAUCGAGGUGUGCUUCCUCCAUUAUUGGGAGUCACUCCUAUGUUUGCUGUAUCUUUUUGGGGUUAUGAUGUUGGGAAAAAAUUGGUCUCUUCUUACACUGGAGUGACUGCUAGUGAAUUUACAAUUCCUCAAAUUUCAACCGCUGGAUUCAUUUCUGCUGUUCCUACUACAUUAGUUGCAGCUCCCUUCGAAAGAAUCAAAGUUAUGAUGCAAAUUCAAAGUGGUGGAAAGUCCUCAAUGGCUUCUGUCGUUAAAGAAAUGUACAAGACAGGAGGCAUAAGAUCUAUUUUCAAGGGAUCAGUUGCUACCUUAGCUAGAGAUGGACCGGGCUCUGCGUUGUAUUUUGCUACAUACGAAUAUUUGAAAGAAAAAUUAUCUGCUCCAGGUGAAGACUUGUCUUUGUUUGCCAUUACUAUUGCUGGUGGAUUUGCUGGUGUGGCUAUGUGGUUAGGAGUCUUUCCAGUUGAUACGAUUAAGUCUACUCAACAGUCGUCUAAUACCAACGUCUCCAUUAUGAAGGUCACAUCUAAUAUUUAUAAAAGAGGUGGUAUUAAGGCAUUUUUCCCUGGUGUUGGCCCAGCAUUGGCCAGAUCAUUUCCAGCUAAUGCUGCCACAUUUUUGGGAGUCGAGGUUUUUAGAAAGGCCGUGGACGAUCUCAUUUAA